AUGACAACUCCUCUCCAUCUUCGGGGUCAUCGUGAGACUGAACUCCUCCUACCAAACCAUCAACCGUCCUCGGACGACUCGAGAUCCUGGCUCCUAAACGUUUUCGCUGGCCAAUAUUCCCUCUCGAAACCUAACCUAUUCAAACGUCUUCCCCAAACCGGCUUCCAACCUGCAUUGCGAUCGCUCUUCCGCCGCGACGCCAGACCCGACAAGUUAUCAACAUUCCUCCGCGUCCUAGUCGGUCCACUUAGGACUCGUCGAGCACAGAACCAUCUGUGGAACUUUCGACACGAAGCCCUCCCCGCACUCCGACACCGAGCACAGUCCCGAAUCUACCGUGCAAUUGUCAAACGUCAAGCGCGACUCGCGGCACGCAACCGCAGAUUCGGCGGCUUCAUUGCCUACCUUCUAGGGCCUCGGCGACGGCUGCGGGGUGGGAGACUGGGUCUUGGUAUCUGGGCGCGCCCUCUUGCAAGACGCUCGAGAACGAUCAAGGGCCGAACAGAGGGGCCAGGCGAGGCUGUGAGAAGCCCGAUGGCACAGUCUGGGCUGUCUUCGACAUGGGGACAAGGAAAUGGUGAUGGAACUGCCCCCGGUAGUCGUCGCAAGAAGGCCUACGAGUGGUUGAAGGCUGCCAACGAAUUAGGACAAGCAUAUACCUCCCGAUGGACUAGCCAAAGAAGUGACUCCCAGGACGAUUAUUACCAUACCCCUGGUGCUUUCCCCGACGUGGAGAUUGCUCGGUCCGGCGAUGAGGAAAUGGUGCUAUUCCCAAGCUAUGGACGACGACUCCCAGAAAAGAAAAUUGAUGAUACCAAGACGCGCCCACGACGGGACUCAUGGUCCGAAACGAUUGAUGACUACCGGGGUGUCUCUGAAGAUAGUAACGGCCGUCCUGGCGAUGACUGGCCCAACCCCGAUCUUGAAAAUGCCAUGGUGGACGUUGACGUACGUGGUUGGAUCUACGCACCAAACCGAGGUCCCAUGAACCGAAAACAUCGCUUGAUGGUCAAGCUGGCUCGAACUUUAAGCGGUAUUCCGACUCCUACGGGCACGGCUAGUGAGGAUAGCCCAGAUCCGCUACCCGCGAAGGGCGAGGAUGAAUACGUGGACAAGCAGAUGAAGACUCUGGUCGAUACAGCAGAACGAGAUGCCGAUCAGGCAUGGAAGAGUUCCAAAACCGAGCGGGCUAAAGACGGCCUCAAAGAAGCUGCGCAGCUGACCAAGGAUGAGAUUUCCAUGGCAAAUGCUCAUUUAAUGGAACGACUUCGCCCUUUCUUGACAAACCCCGUUGCUGGUAUGCCGGUCACGAUAUUCUUCUUCGACAAUGAUCAGAGCGAAUCUCGCAACCUCAUGACUGACGAGUCCGGUCAUUUCAAUGUGCGGGUUCCCUUGCCAUUUGUACCAACCCACGUCCGAGUGCUCGCGUCUGAGGAUCUAUCGGCUGCAAAGCCGAUUGAGAUUAUUGAGCCAUCUGGUAUCAGCAUGAUCAGUGAUAUUGACGAUACAGUGAAGCACUCUGCCAUUGCAAGUGGUGCCAAGGAGAUGUUCCGAAACACUUUCGUUCGCGAGUUGGCUGAACUUCAGGUUGCCGGAGUCAGCGAAUGGUAUACACAAGCUGCUAAACGCGGUGUGGAAAUGCAUUACGUAUCCAACGCUCCAUGGCAAUUAUAUCCUCUGCUUGAGAGAUACUUUAAAAUGGCCGGGUUGCCACCGGGCUCCUUCCACCUUAAACAAUACUCUGGCAUGCUACAGGAUUUCCCCGAUCGCAAGUUCAUUCUCGUCGGCGACAGCGGAGAAGCCGAUCUGGAGGUCUACACUGAUAUUGUUCUGGCAAACCGUGGCCGGAUUCUUGGUAUUUUCAUCCGUGAUGUGACCACCCCCCCUAAGGACAAGCCAUUCUUUGAUAAAUCCACUGAGCACCUUGAAACGGGACCUGGUCGAAGUCGCAGCACUCCGCAACUUGUGGAACAUUCGGAUUCUGCUGCGAGGAGGCCUGUUUUGCCCCCACGGCGAAACUUUGAGAAACCUGACACCACCUCGGAAACAGCUUCAAAAAGUCUGGACAAUGGGGACUUGAUUGAUCUACGAGACGAAGAAGAGCCCAAGCCACAGACCCCUGAUGCUAAUACAUCUGGCAAACCGCGUGUCCCUCCCAUGAAGCCUUCAAAGCCGUCUACGCUACGCACAUCAUCAGGGGCAGCUGACACCCUCGAGCCCCCGGCAGGCAUCUCAAGAACACCAUCUCAAGAAGCGAUCCGCCGCAAGCCAGUUCCCCCUCUACCACCCCGGCGGACCUCGACAGCCAAGACGGAUUCUUUGAUCGACCUAGACCCGUCCCCGCCCCUUUCUCGCACACAGACCGAGCCGGUUACAGAUGGGAGUAAGCAGACACCGUCGGCUUCAUCUCGCAGUAGAGCACCACCACCAGUGCCACCUCCUCGACGAACAAACACUGCGUCAUCAUCAACAACCGCUAGCUCCACACCUACUAACACGGGCUCAUCGCGACCUACACCAGCUGCCAAGCCAUCGUACCCCAUGGCGGCAGCGCAGGCCACUCUACAGUAUGCCACCGAGCGCCUCAACUUAUCAUCCGCAGCGCCAAACCCUGGAUUGCGAUCGGCGGCAUCGAACCAGUCUCUGGGAAGGACAAACACCAGCACUACCACCGACUCAGGAAUGCCACCUGCGCCACUCCCCAAUAAACGCGAAGAACUGUGGCGACGUCGCUGGGAGCGAGCGACUGAAAUUCUCGAAGAUCAUGGUGUCGUACUAGGUAGCUGGCGUGUCGGAAGUGACGCUCAGUCUGUUUGUAUGUGGCUGAUAGAGGAGCAGCUGAAGAAGGUGCCAAAGAAACGCGAUAACUGA